CGAUUUUGGCGCUGGCGCGAAGAGAAGAUGGCUGCCGAGGAGGCGGGCGGGGCAAGACCGUGUAUUGUGUUGUUCAAAGAGGCGGAUCAGCGCUACGCCGAGGCGCUCGCUGCCGUGCCAACGACAGAGGUCGAGUUUUGGCCACUGCUCCAGACGCAGUUUCUUCCGCCGAGAUGAGCUGCCGUUAGCCCUGAAAGCCGCUGACAUACCCUUUGCCGAGUACACUGUCUACGACGCUGCACCUUCUGCUGAGCGGGCCCAAGCGUUUUGGGCUGCACACCUACCAGCUUGGACUGCAUUUCCCAAUCCGCAGCCAGUGCAGCUUGUAGUCUUCAGUCCGGCUGGCGCCCUCGCACUCCUGGCAGCAGCCCCGGCAGAUGCCGCCAAGCUUCCCAUGACUCUUGUUGCCCUGGGACCCACCACUGCCGCUGCAUUGCGAGACCAUUGUGAACGAACAAACCUGUCUUGGCGCAUUUUUCAAAGCACCAAGCCCAACCCUGCGGCUCUCUGCGAGACUCUGCGACAAGCAGCUCGUGCGACAGGGUCAAACUACGGGACAACUGAUGCAGGCAUCGACG